GUAAUAGUGAGGGGAGAACGUGAGUAGGGUUGGGUUACGGUUGAAGGCUUUGGGGGUCUUGCUGCGCCCGCCACCCCCUGGGGCCGGGGUAGAGGGCUUUCUGGGACGGGGUGAGGCUGCGACGCCCCGGGAGGCUGCCUCUCAAGAGUGCUGUCAUUUCGGCAGGCCAGGCCAGAGAGGGGAGUUCGGGUACCAUCCAGCGCCCCUCUCCCGCUCCCCGCAGACCUUCGUCCCCGCCAUGGCCGAUCUAAUCCAGAAGAAGCUACAGGGAGAAGUGGAGAAAUAUCAGCAGCUACAGAAGGACUUGAGUAAAUCCAUGUCAGGGCGGCAGAAGCUUGAGGCCCAACUAACAGAAAAUAAUAUCGUGAAGGAGGAGCUGGCCCUGCUAGACGGGUCCAACGUGGUCUUUAAACUUCUGGGUCCUGUGCUGGUCAAACAGGAGCUGGGAGAGGCUCGGGCCACCGUGGGGAAGAGGCUGGACUAUAUCACAGCUGAAAUUAAGCGAUAUGAAUCCCAGCUCCGGGACCUCGAACGGCAGUCAGAGCAACAGAGGGAGACCCUGGCUCAGCUGCAGCAGGAGUUCCAGCGGGCGCGCCUUUCCUUGGCCCUUGGCAUGCUAGGAUGUGGCCAGGAAUCAGAAACUGAUUCCUUUUUCUAG